AUGGUGCUUCUCCAUGAGAGAUGGACCGCUCUUCGUUUGCCUUCUACUCACCAUAUAAAUGAUCUGCUAGAUUUCAAUUCUUAUUCAAUUUCUUUGAUAAAGGAAGACAUUGGACAGGUGAAAGAAGACCUAGAAUUGAUAAGAUCUUCCUUCGUGAACAUUGAGCAGGAAUUGAAUAAAGAUCUCUGGGCACAUAUUUUAGAUGUGGCAUACAAGGCAAAAGUUUCAUUGAUUCAACUAUUGAGCUAUGUUGUUGUAAACUCUCCUAACCAGCCAGCUAAAAGCAAGUCAUUUAUAGCUGGUAAAUUUAGUAGAGUUCCAAUUACAGAGCUCUUCCAACACCGAUAUUUACUAUGCAAUCAAGAUGCCACACAAAAUCUAUUUGAAGUAGUUGCUGGACUAGAUUCCCUAAUACUAGGAGAAGGUCAAAUUCUUGCACAGGUGCAGGUUAUUAAGAAUAGAUAGGGGGUCCCUGAAUUUUGUAGGAAAAUAGAUGACCUAUUUAAGCAUGCAAUCACAGAUGGUAAGAGGGUUAGAACUGAGACCAAUAUCUCCAGCGGAUCAGUAUCAGCCAGUUCAACACCAGUGGAGCUUGCUCUGCAGAAACUUUUAGAGCAUUCUUCUUGUACGGCCUGCAUAUUAGUUGUUGGAGCUGGCAAGAUGGGAAAACUUAUGAUCAUGAAUUUGGUUGCUAAAAGGUGUAAAAAUAUGGUUAUCGUUAAUAGGGCAGAGGAAAGAGUUGUUGCCAUCCGUGAGGAGUUGACAGAUACUAAUAUAAUAUAUAAACCUUUCUCAGAAAUUUUAGCAUGCGCUGCUCAGGCUGAUGUAAUAUUCACCAGCAUUGUUUCGGAAGCUCCUUUAUUCAUAAAGGAUAGUAUUCAUGCUCUCCCUUCUGUGAACUCUGAAGAUAGGGGCCAGAGGCUAUAUAUUGAUAUUUAUGUUCCUCAGAAUGUGGAGCCUAGUGUCUCAGAACUUGAAAGUGCAUAUGUUUACAAUAUGGAUGAUCUUAAAGAGGUUGUGAAGCUAAUAAAGAGGAUCAUCAUUUCAGAUCUGUGUUUCCUAGCAUUUUGCUAAUUUUAACCAUAUCAAA